UUCACAAUACCUAAGUUUAACUAUUCAUCGGGCACAGACCUAAUUUGUAUUCUCAACUUGUCGCAAGAGUUUAUGUUUGCUCGAAAUGGUUCUACCUUCAAGAAAUCUUGUUCCCGUCGAGAAUGGGCCCCAUUACUUCGUAUGAUUUCAUAGUUUACAUUCACAAUAGACAGAUUUCAUCUACUCCUCCUACUUUAGAAGCUUAUAAUGACAGAAAGGAAUCUCAGAUUUCCAACAUUUCUACAUAUAAUCAAGAUAAAAUCUUACUAACUAAAAGGAUUUUAAAUCUUUCAUCAAGAAAACAGAUUGAUCAGGCCAGAAAUAUUUUUGAUGGGUUUUGUGUAAAGAUACUGUUGUUUGGAAUGCAUUGAUAAAAGGGUAUAUGAAGAAUCACAUGGUUGAUCAUGCACCAUAACUGUUCGUUGAAAUGCCUGACAGAAAUAUUGUUUCUUGGAAUACUAUGAUUAUUUGGUAUAGUAGAGGAAACUUAAUUCAAAUUGCAUUGAAAUCAUUCAUUUGUAUGCCCGGUAAAGAUGUUUUUAGUUAUACAGCAAUGAUCACUGGACUUUGUAUGGUGUCUUGUGUUAGUGAUGCUUGGCGUUUGUUUAUAGAAAUGCCGGAUCAUAAUGCGGCUUCAUGGGCUGCAAUCAUCUCUGGUUAUCAGCAGAAUGGGUUGGCAGCUGAAACAUUGAAUCUGUUUAAGGAAAUGUUGGCAGCUAAUGUUGAACCCAAUUGUUAUUCAUUUACUACUGUUUUGAGUGCUUCAGCAGAAUUAGCAUUGCUGUCAGUGAGUAAACAGCUUUACUUACAACUUCUUAAAAGAGGGUAUGAGCAGAAUUCCCAUAUAGGGAAUUCUGUUCUUUCUACAUUCAUGAAAUGUGGUAGUCUCGAGGAUGCAAAGUGUGUUUUCGAGAGUUUACAUAAUCGGAAUAUUGUUAGUUGGAAUUGUAUGAUUACUGGUUAUGCUCAACAAGGGGAUGGCUUAAGAGCAAUCAUGACAUUCCAUCAGAUGCAGAAAUGUCGCAUUUCACCUGAUCGAAUAAGUUUUCUUGGAGUUCUUAUGGGGUGUUGCCACCAUGGUUUGGUCAGAGAAGGAGAGGAAUAUUUUCAAAGUAUGACUAAUGAUUAUGGGAUUUUUCCUGGGUGUGAGCAUUAUGCUUGCUUGACAGAUCUUUUUGCGCGUGCUGGGCUACUCAAAAAGGCACAUAAGGUUGUCAUGGAAAUGCCUUUUAAACCUACACCUGUGUUUUGGCGAUCAAUUCUAAAUGGAUGUAGGAUUUGGAAAUGUCCCGAGUUGGGUGUUUAUGCAGCUAAUCAACUUUCAAGAUUCGAGCCUUCUGAAUCAUGGACUUCUCCCUUUGUUCGUGAUUCUGGCAAACUAAAUGACCUACCUUUCUUAAGGACGCUGAAAAAGGAGCCAGAAACCAGAAAGCAGAUGGGCUGUAGCUGGGUGGAGAUUCAGGGGAGGACUUAUUUGUUCACAUCUAGAGAUGAAACCCAUUUGGAAACAUAUGAAAUUUAUGAAAUGAAUGACCUAUUGAUCUACGAAAGCCUAGGGAAUUUCAGAGUUCGUAAUUAUGAGCUAACUUAUUACGAAGAAUGAAAAAAGACCAUCUUUUGCUCCUAAUAGCUUCAUGUAAUGUGCCAACACUUGAUAUGUUGACAAGUCGACAUCAUGAUCUCAUGCCGAUCUUUUAAGAGCGUGUUUAUACUUUUCUGACCCCUGAAAGUGGCUUUGGAUUUGUACUUGGACUUGACAGAGUUUUGUUUACACUUACUCCAACCCGCAUGGAUGGGAAAUUGGGCUAAUUGCUCCUGAUUAGCAACUGCAAUUGUUCUUCUGUGAUCAAACUAAGUAGUACUACCGUCUAUCUGAUGAGGCCGUAGUAUAUUACCAUUUUCCCCCUUCUCGAUUAGGUUCCCAAAUUGGUUUAAGAUGCUUUUACCCAAGAUUAGAACACGGACACUGAUAACAAUUAGGGCACUUCUGAUCUAAGGGAAGUUUAAGGAAGAAACUUUUGAUUCUUGGUUAAGCUAGGAAUGGUCUUGACUAUGUUGAAGAUCAAUUUCUCAAGACAAAUAAUAUUGCUGGUGUUUCUACUAGAAUGCAGCAAGAUUCUGCUAAUGUGCACAAACCUAUGACUUUGAGGAGGGAUGGAAGACGACAAGUGCUAGAGCUGUGCAACUGGUCGGAGGCCCUUAUCCAACCCUUAAUUUCAAGGGUUUAAAAAGGGCCGGGUUGAAAAUGAAACGGAUUAUAAACGGGCUUUAGUGAUGCGGGUUGGAUAAGGGCUGUAAUGAGGGUUCACAAAGGGCCAUAAGGAGGGUCGUCAUAGCGAAUGAAUGGCUGUUGAAGAAAAGAUUAAUGGUGGUGUCUUAGACUUCAUAAUAAAGCCAAAUUAUGGCAUCGUAGUAUUGGUUCUUGUCUCAGUUUGAAUACAUGUUGUUUUUUAAAAAAAAACUUGUGCUCAAUUCUCGUUGCAUUUCUCCCUUAACUCUCUUCUUUCCUUAGCCUAACAAAAAAAAACGAAUUACAAUUCUUGCUUUAUAGUAGGUUUAAGAUUUGUUGUAAUUUAUUUGAAUGCAAAGGUUGGUAAUGAUCAUUUUUUCUGCACAAUUUAUCCUAUUGUUAAACAAAUAGAUGUGUAUUUUUUGAAGGUUUAAUGGAUACCCGAGCGUAGAGUCAACCUUAUAACUGAAUUUUCGACUUUAAAAUCAUGUAAAAUUCAUUGUGGACGUAAGACCCAAUUUCAAACUGAUCCUAUACACCUGACCAAAAUCGACCUGAUAGUUC